AUGUUAGAGGCGAUUCAAGAGGCCAUAUGGGUGGAGAUACUUGCGAGAUUACCGUUGAGAAGCAUAGCAAGAUUCAAGUCAGUGUGCAAGAACUGGAAAUCGGUGAUAGAAUCUUCCUAUUUCCGCCGUCUCUUCAUCUCUCUCCACCGGAACUCAUCUUCCUCCUGGUCGCUCAUGUUCGAAAGCAGCUUGCCCCAUCCCAUCACAGAAGCGAUAGGCUUCCACGGAUGCAAGAAAUGGGAUCUCCCAAAACCCCCAUCUUCUUACAUCAUGCCUCUUCAACGGUAUCCGAAUCUCCCAGCCUCGAAAUUCCGCUAUGUAGCUUCCUCCAAUGGAUUGGUUUUGAUCGAGGCCAUCCCUGACCACUCUGCUAAUAAAUCCUUUGUGGGUAAUCCAGUUCUACAGCAAUGGGUUGAAAUCCCUCCGCUUUCAACUUCAACUUCACAACCAGUCUGCCCCGUUUGUUUGUUCAGAACCUCUGGUUUAGUAACACGUGUGGAGGAAGACGGCCUUGUUUCAAGCUUCAAAGUGCUCACGACGUGUGAAAUGUUUCGACCUAGAGAGAAGAGAGUCUAUGUAUACUCGUCUGAGACAGGGCUAUGGACUUUCAAGCGGCUUGUUCUUAACAAGGCUGGUUUUUCCCCUACUGAGAAUCACAGCGGGGUGCAUUACACGUGGGAAUCAGAUUCGGAUGAUUUUGGACAGCUAGAGUUUGUAGCUCAUGACUUUUAUGGCCCUGAAGAUGAUGAUCAAUGGCGGGUUUUAACUCUUCCUCCUCUCCCUUCCAACAGACGCCCUAGGAGAUGCUUGACUGCUUCACGAGGAGGUGUUGUCUGCAUGGAAGUACUAGAUCGAGUAUUGAAGGUUUGGAAGCUGAAAGAUAGCAGCAACUCUGAUGGGGAAUGUUGGCACUUGUCAAGGGAAGCAAUCAACAUGGCUUCUGUCGGGUUUGAUGUCGAUUGUUCCCCCUUGGGAGCGAAUCCGUUUGAUUCUGACAUGGUCUAUCUAUGGAGUCUGCAACAUGGUUGUUUGGUAUCCGGUAACUUGCAGAAGCAAGAGUUUGCUGUCUGUCAAGAAUCAGAUAUUUCGAGUAGCAGUGCAGGUUCUUGGGUCGUGAACACGCUGGAUUCUAAGGGGUGUAUGGAAAGUUUUAAAGAAACUUCGGUCCUCAUGUUAUCCCAGUUUGUGCUUCUACAGUGGAUGGGUCCGGUGCCUCGUCCACCAAAUUGA